AUGAUAACCAAUAGAGAUGAAUUGGAAAACAGGCUGGAUGGUGCUGAAAUCUGGAUCGGAAAUUCUACAACAAUCAGUGACCCUGAAAGCAUCAGGUGUGCCGUCAUCUCUCACAUUCCCAGCGGACAAGCAUUUUACUUUCCAUGUAACUCUAUGAAGGGACGCUACGUCACUGUGUUUCUACCAGGAAGUGCAAAGGUCCUGAGUCUCUGUGAGGUUGAAGUGUACUAUGGAUACCCAUUAACCAAUGUGGCACUCAAAGGAGAAGCUACCCAGUCAUCUACACUCUCUGUUGCCACGGCGUCCAAAGCCAUCGAUGGCAGACGGAACUCGUUCUACAGCAAUGGGUUCUGUAGCCACACGGCUGAAGACGAGACCAACCCCUGGUGGAGGGUGGACCUGCAGCGAAGUUUUACAAUCACUGCUGUAAAAGUCACCAACAGAGGAGACUGCUGUGCUGAAAGACUGGAUGGAGCUGAGAUCAGAAUAGGAAACUCACUGGAGACCAAUGGAAACAAUAAUCCCAGGUGUGCUUCCAUCUCACAUAUCAAUGCGGGUAAAACCUACACAUACCGGUGUGAUGGAGGCAGCAUGGAGGGUCGCUUUGUGAACGUGUUUCUUCCUGGACAGAAGAAGACUCUCACCCUGUGUGAAGUGGAGGUGUAUGCUGCCCCAGCAGUUGAACCGCUUCCAAACGUGGCCUUAAAGAAACAAACAGUACAGUCAUCAACUUGGUAUGGGCCAGUGUUUGGGCCUUCAAAAGGUGUCGAUGGAUGCAGAAAUGGAGACUUCAACAUAGGAUGCUGUUCUUGUACUGCAGAAGAGCUGGGUCCUUGGUGGAGAGUAGACUUGUUAGCUGUCUAUAAAGUCAGUGCUGUCACCAUCAUCAACAGACAAGACUGUUGUCCUGAAAGGAUUCUUGGGGCAGAGAUUCGGAUCGGGGACUCGCUGGAUCAAAAUGGUAACCAAAACCCCAGUUGUGGCAUGAUCAAAUCAUUAGCAGGUACACCAACAUACACAUUCCAGUGUAAUGAAAUGGAAGGUCGCUACGUCAAUGUGAUCAUACCAGGAAGAAAGACUUUCACAACCCUGUGUGAAGUGGAGGUGUUUGCUUCUCUAUCUGUGCCAGAAGCUGUUACUCCUUUACCAACUCCUCCCACACCUCCUCCCACUGUGAGCCUGCAGCUUGGUGGCAGGAACGUGACGGUGGUGGGAGAGAGGCUCUGCUGGUCUGAUGCUCUGAUGUACUGUAGACGUUAUUACUGGGACCUGCUCAGCCUUCACAGCCAACAGGAGCAAAGCGAGUUGGAGCAGCUGCUGGGCCUCAUUCCUUUCUCCCUCACAGACCACGUCUGGCUGGGACUGCGCAGAUCCCUCAGAGGAGAUGAGUGGUUCUGGAUGUCUGGAUAUUCCAUGAAUUUCUUAAAUUGGCCACAAGAUUUUGUUCCUGACAGCUACUCCAGCAGCUGUGGAGGCGUGGCCAGCACAGAGAACUUCCUCUGGCAGGACCAGCCCUGUGAGGAGAACCUCAACUUCAUCUGCCAAUCAGGUGCUGACGAUGGCGUGCAGAGAGUUUAUUUCUCCAGCACCAAGGAUCCAACAAGUCCAUAGGAAAAUCGAU